CUGACAUUCAGACACUCAAAAAACUUUUUACAGAUCAUAAGAAGUUGUGGAGAAGUUUGUGGAAUUGGAAAUCACAGUGCAAUUAAAAUAAAAGCUUCCUCCUGUGGCUGGCAUCUACGACAGAAUUUAAUAUUUAAGUGCAAAAGGAAAACAAUGUCAGCAAUUAACAUGAAUAGCACUUUAAAUACGAGCGAUGAAAGGGCUAUAUUGGAACGCAUAAACGCGAAGACAGCUGACCAGAUGACGCCAGUGAUUGCUUAUCUUGUAAUCCUUAUGUGUGUAGGACUGUUUGGAAAUGUUCUAGCGGUCAUCUUCUAUGGACGUAAUGCAAAGAAGUCUACUCACUCUGUCUUCAUUUGCACCGUGGCCAUCUAUGAUAUGAUUGCUUGUGUUAUUUCAAUACCAUCUGAAAUAGCUGAUCUUCGUCUGUUCUUCACUUAUGAUAACAUUACCGCCUGUAGCAUACUUCGAUUUGUGAACCAUUUUUCAGCAAUCGGUAGCAUUGGAGUUUUGUUGGAAAUAUCGAUCGACAGAUUUAGAAGAAUUUGCAGACCAGUCCAAAAACAGUUGAAUCACAAACAAGCAACAUUAGCAUGUGCAGGAUCCAUUAUAUUCUCGAUUUUCUUAUCAUGGCCAUCACUGGUUUUCUACACAGCAGUUCCUGUUGAGGUGAAAAGUGAAAAUGGUCAAGUAGUAACUGGACAUACCUGCACAACAACUAAGGAAGCGAGUUACCGUACCUACUUGUGGAUUUUCAACUUCAUAUAUAUGGGGUUAUUUAUAAUAUUUACCAUCAUAUUAUGUGUAAUGUAUUCGAUAGUGGGAAGAGUACUUAUACAGCACAAUCGCAAAAUAAAGUUACACAAAAGACCGGAAAUUUCAGUAUGUUCUACUUCCGGAGGAAUGGAAACUUCCUUUACUGAUGAUACAUGCACAACGAAACAAAAAACGAAUUAUGUAAAAAUGGCAACGGUACAGGCUACCAAACAGAAGUCAAAUAAAAACAAAACAAACCACCUGAACCGUUCAACAUUGAAGUUCACGAUGAUAAUGUUGGUGGUAACGGCUGUGUUUGUGCUCAGCUAUCUACCAUUUCUUGUUUUAGUUCUUUGGCGUGCCGGUAACAGCACUUAUGAAUCUGACUUACUGUCGGACAGCGAACUUGUGGCGUUACAAUUUGGGAUGAGAACGUAUUUCCUGAACUCUGCUAUCAACCCCUUUACGUAUGGGUUCUUCAAUUCCAGUUUCAGGGAGUUUGUGAAGAAAAGUGUUUGUUUUUGCUACAAACGGAGUGCAGGAAGGUUUAAGCCAACAUCCAGUGCAACACAAUGACAUCAUUAACUGUGUACAAUCAUUUAUGUAAAAUUCAGCAUUAUAUAAGAAAAACAACUAUAAUUAUAUGAAUACUUUAUUGGGAUGUAAAUUCUCCUCAUGUUUCUUGAUGCUGAGCACACAUUUCCGAGUACGUCAUAAACGCACAAUGAAUUUGAUAUUCUCAGUUUCUCUGAUUGAUUUGUUUGUGAUGUUUUGUUUUUAUGUUCUAUGUCUUUGGCGUUUACCCAGUGCCAUUAAAUCGGGUUUAUGUUUAAACGUUUUGCUACAGAGCUUGUUCCUGUAGUUUUUCGCAUUAAUAUUGUACUAUUAUUUAUAUCUCAGACUAAUAUGCAUUUACAUAUUUGUUUACAAAAAUAGAGGAUUCUGUAUCUAGCUGUACAUGAUUUAUUUUGAAUAAGCCUUAUGUUACUUUGUGUUAUGUGAAUACAAUUAUGUAAACUAACCGUACAAAUAUUAAAAAGAAAGUUUUGUCCCUACUACAUGUUUAUUAUUGUGACUUAUUUUAGUUGUACCAACUUCAUCCAUAUCCGUCUAUUUGUAGUUUGUAUUUAAUUUGCUGUAUGAAUGAAUGCAAAUAAUGGGCAGCCAUUAUCUUCCCGAUACUGUAUGGGCUUUUGA